GGGAAUUACAAGCGAAAAAUAUUUCAAGUGCUCUAUCGCAAAUCUUUAAAACUACAACUUUAGCGAAAUUGAAAAGACGCAAUGCCCGUGGACCAAGUGAUCAUCUCGUACAGGCGCAGCCGCAGCUUUAUCAAUGUCCUGCUGCUCAGGUCGAUGAACCUGUUCCAGCCUGUCCUGGUGAAAAGUCCCAGUGAGAAGCUGGUGGUCAGUGCCAAUGGGAUCUGCUGGACCGAGCAGAACUUGGAGUACCGCAUCAUGGUUAGUGAGUUCUUCGAUAUAGCCAUUAGGAACGAGUACGGCGAGGUGCCCUACACCCUGGUUGAGAAGGAGGGCAACAACCUAGCCUGUGGCCUCUCUCUCCGGCGCAUUAGGCACCUGGCUCUGGACGAGCGCACUGUUCAUGUGGAGCAGGGGGAUCUACUCCUGCGCAUUGACCCAACUACGCCGUGCUCCCUGCACUGCAGCAAUUGUGCGAACAAGGUCAUUGGCGAGAGGCAGUAUUUUCGGAUCAGGGAGGUUCCCAUGACUACCAUGAUUCCGCAGAACUACUUCUGCGCCCGCAGCAAGCUCGCAGUGUAUCCCACCGAGGAGGAGCUCUUCUACGGCCUCAACUACUUGGUCAUCUCCAUCGGUCUGCUAGGCAUCGGGGUCACAACCAACCAAGAUCAUGGUAGCAUUCAGUGCUCCCGUUGCAAGCAAUUAGUGGGCGAAUAUUUAGGCCGACGUGUGGCCGUGCAGCUCUACGCGGAUGCCCUGCGUCUGGUGACCACCGAUUCUCCAUUCGAGUUCAAGGAGAUCUUUGGCCACAUCACACCCACCCAAAUGAUGAUCCGCUUGAUGCACGACGCCGACCCCUUUAAUAUGGAGAAGUCUCGCCUCUUCCUCAAAACCGUGCGUCCGGAUGGUCAGUUGCAGCACCUGCACCUGCACGUGGACAGCAAUCAAAUCCACAUUCUGCGCUCCGAACUGGACAAUUCCGACCAGGAGAUAAAGUCCAAAGCUGAUUUGGCCACGGAGGAGGACACCAGCAGCGAGAGUGACGUCGAUAUGAUGUUGAGCGACUCAAGCAGCAGCAGCAUUAAUCCACAAACAGGCGAUGACUCAAUCAAUCGCAUUGAUCCAAUUCCGAAGCCAGAAGCUACUGAGCCCCAGAAAUCUGUAAAAUAUUUGAAACUACGUGGCUUUUGUGGCUUUCGCCUGAAGUAUCUAUUCUCGGGAUCUGAUGCCGAUCUGAAUGAAAACUACGAUGCCACCAGUUCGUGGCGCGACCAGGGAAUCCGCGAGCUUCGCAUCUCAUAUUCGAUGAUGGUGGACCUGAUGAGCGAGUUCAAUGCCUACGAGCGUGUGGCGGCCGCCCUGGAGAUGAAUCCGCCACCCAUCAAGGCUACUUAUCCCCGUCUCACUUACAUAAUCUUCGAGCCCGACGAGGAGUUCUAUGCCAGGCAGGAGCAAAUUACAAAAAUCGCCGGUUAAAUAGCCAGU